AUGAAGGGUGGAUUACGUUUCGCACUCUGUGCUUCAUUGCUCCUACUCUUCUCCCUGUAUUUGUUGGAGGCACAUCUCAAAGAUAUCUGUAGCCAGUAUCGCGCCGGCGCAUACUUGGUUGAGUGGUUGAAUCGGCAUGGAGCCGCUCAGCAUCUGACUGUGGGCAAUGUGCCCGUACCGGGAGACAAGGUGAUUGUCAUGGCCAAGUUGCAAGAGGAGCCUACCGAUUGGGUCCAGGAGGAGCUUCCAGACUGGCAGCGCGCUAUCUACAUAGUCAAUCCCUCCGCAGAAGCCCGAUCCAACCCCCAAAUUCUCACAACGCCUGUUAACAAAGGCCACGAAUCUAUGGCCUACUUGUCCUACGUAAUUGACCACUACGACACCCUCCCAUCAACAAUCGCCUUUCUCCACGCCCAUCGCGCAGGAUUCCUCAUGGCAUGGCACAACGACGCCCCACUCCACGACAACGUCAACUCCAUGCGCAUGCUUCAAACCGACUUCGUCCAGGAAAACGGCUACGUCAACCUCCGCUGCAAUUGGAACCCCGGCUGCAAGGAAGCCCACCGUUUCAAUCAACAUGUCACCGAGCAGGUCUGGUGGGAUAUCUUUGAGGGAACGAGCACGCCGCCAUUGAACGCCUCUUCGCCGUAUGAGCAGGAAUUCCCUACGCAAAAGUACAUGCGCAAGCCGGAGCAGAUUGGCGCGGCGUGCUGUGCGCAGUUUGUGGUCUCGCGGAGCCAGGUGCUGAAGCGACCGCGUGAGGACUAUGUGAAGUUCCGGCAGUGGAUUAUCGAGACGGAAUUGAACGAUGCCAUGUCCGGGCGGGUGAUGGAGUUCUUGUGGCAUGUCAUUUUUGGCAUGGAGGCUGUCUAUUGUCCUGAUGAGGAGCUUUGCUAUUGUCAGGUCUAUGGCAAAUGCUAA